AUGGCCACCUCUACUGAGACCUAUGGCUUCCAGGCCGAGAUUUCGCAGCUUCUGGACCUGAUCGUUAAUACGUUUUACAGCAACAAAGAGAUCUUCCUUCGCGAGCUGAUUUCCAACUGUUCCGACGCUCUCGACAAGAUCCGCUAUGCUGCUCUUACCGACCCUUCGCAGCUCGACUCGGAGAAGGACCUCUACAUCCGCAUCACUCCCAACCUUGAGGAGGGCACCCUCACCAUCCGUGACACUGGUGUCGGUAUGACCAAGGCCGACCUUGUCAACAACCUCGGUACCAUUGCCAAGUCGGGUACCAAGGCCUUCAUGGAGGCUCUCUCGUCGGGUGCCGACAUUUCCAUGAUCGGUCAGUUCGGUGUUGGUUUCUACUCGUCGUACCUUGUCGCCGAGAAGGUCCAGGUCAUCACCAAGCACAACGACGACGAGCAGUACAUCUGGGAGUCGGCUGCCGGCGGCACCUUCACCAUCACCGAGGACACUGAGGGCCCCCGUCUCGGCCGCGGUACCUCGAUGAAGCUCUACAUCAAGGAGGACCUCAAGGAGUACCUUGACGAGAAGCGCAUCCGCGAGAUCGUCAAGAAGCACUCCGAGUUCAUCUCGUACCCCAUCCAGCUCGUCGUCACCAAGGAGGUCGAGAAGGAGGUCGACGUUGAGGAGGAGGUCACCGAGGGUGACGCCAAGAUCGAGGAGGUCGAGGACGAGGACUCUGGCAAGAAGAAGAAGACCAAGACCAUCAAGGAGACCACCACCGAGAACGAGGAGCUCAACAAGCAGAAGCCCAUCUGGACUCGCAACCCUUCGGACGUCACCGCCGAGGAGUACUCGGCCUUCUACAAGUCGAUCUCCAACGACUGGGAGGAGCACCUUGCCGUCAAGCACUUCUCGGUUGAGGGUCAGCUCGAGUUCAAGGCCAUGCUUUACAUCCCCAAGCGUGCCCCCUUCGACCUCUUCGAGACCAAGAAGAAGCGCCACAACAUCAAGCUCUACGUCCGCCGUGUCUUCAUCACCGAGGACAACGACGAGCUCAUGCCCGAGUACCUCAACUUCGCCGUCGGUGUCGUCGACUCGGAGGACCUCCCCCUCAACAUCUCGCGUGAGACCCUCCAGCAGAACAAGAUUCUCAAGGUCAUCCGCAAGAACCUCGUCAAGAAGACCCUUGACCUCAUCUCGGAGAUUGCCGAGGACAAGGAGAACUUUGACAAGUUCUACAGCGCCUUUGGCAAGAACCUCAAGCUCGGUAUCCACGAGGACGCUGCCAACCGCACCAAGCUCGCCGAGUUCCUCCGCUUCCACUCGACCAAGUCGGUUGACGAGAUGACCUCGUUCAAGGACUACAUCACCCGCAUGCCCGAGGUCCAGCAGUCGAUCUACUACCUCACCGGCGAGUCGCUCGAGGCCGUCAAGGACUCGCCGUUCCUUGAGGUUCUCAAGAAGAAGGGCUUCGAGGUCCUUCUCCUCGUCGACCCCAUUGACGAGUACGCCGUUACCCAGCUCAAGGAGUUCGACGGCAAGAAGCUCGUCUGUGUCUCGAAGGAGGGCCUCGAGCUCGAGGAGACCCCCGAGGAGAAGGAGACCCGCGAGCAGGAGGCCAAGGAGUUCGAGUCGCUCUGCGGUGCCAUCAAGGAGACCCUCGGCGACAAGGUCGAGAAGGUCGUCGUCUCGAACCGUAUCUCGGACUCGCCCUGCGUCCUCGUCACUGGUCAGUUCGGCUGGUCGUCCAACAUGGAGCGUAUCAUGAAGGCCCAGGCCCUCCGUGACUCGUCCAUGUCGUCGUACAUGGCUUCGAAGAAGACCCUCGAGCUCAACCCCACCCACCCCAUCAUCAAGGAGCUCAAGGCUAAGUACGCUGAGGACAACUCGGACAAGACCGUCCGUGACCUCACCGUCCUUCUCUUCGAGACUGCCCUCCUCACCUCGGGCUUCACCCUCAACAACCCCCAGGACUUCGCCUCGCGCAUCAACCGCAUGAUCUCGCUCGGUCUCUCGAUCGACGACGUCGAGGUUACCCCUGCCCCCGUCGCCGAGGCUACCCCCGCCCUCGAGGAGGUCGGUGGCUCGAUGGAGGAGGUCGACUAA